AUGACUUCAUCACAAAAUGUAGUAGUAAAGGCUGUUGCAGCCACAGCAGUGUGCAGUUUGAUUAUUACUGGGUUUUUGUUCUAUUUUUUCUAUAGAUUUUCCAUAGCUCGACAGCGUAAGAGAAACAAUUUCGAUUCGAGUUUUCGUAGGGAGGAUGUAGCAGCAUUGCCUGACAUAGAAUUUAGACAACAAGGUGGAGCAGUCAAAGGAGUUAUAGUAGAUGAAGAUGGAUUUGAUGUUCUGUAUUUAAGAAAAGUCGAAGGGGGAGAUUUUCCGAACCGAGUUUCUAAGGUUUGGUAUAAUAAUCCUAUGAAUGAAGAAGAGAAGAGAAGAAAAUCUCAGCCAAUUCAAGAAAUUCCAUCGCUUCAUUUACACAGCCAUGAUUUUGAUUCUGCAAAGGAGAAACCAGUGUCUAAUGCUACUUAUAAUAGGCCAACCACAUCAGAAUCAUUGGCGGUUGCACUAUCGCCACAUUCUCCACUUCCACCACUCUCCAUCGUCGUUUCUGCAAAUCAAAUUAACCAUCCUCCUCCUCCUCCACCACCAUCACCUCCUCCCCCUCCCCCUCCCCCACCUCCACCUCCUCCUCCACCUCCACCUCCACCUCCACCACUUCCUAAAAAAAGAAAGCUCAAGCCAUCUCCACCACCACUUUCGGUUAAGGCAAAAUCUUCUUUACUACCACAUCCACCGGUUAAGUCCGGAACCGGUUCAUUUUCACCCUGGAAGCCACCUAUUCCACCUAGAGGGAAUAUCAACAAAAAUAGCAAUGUGGAUACAGUAGAAAACACGAAAGAAGAUGGCGAAAUUCUAAUGAAACUUAAGCCACUACACUGGGAUAAGGUUGUUGCCAAUGCUGAUCAUUCAAUGGUCUGGGAUGAAAUCAAUGAUGGAUCUUUCAGGUUUGAUGACGAACUCAUGGAAAACCUCUUUGGAUACACUACAAUUAGACAGAAACCGACUGGCGGAAAUGGCCUAUCCUCAAAUUCAGGCAGUUCUAAAUCAGCUCCACCAGCACAAAUUUUCAUCCUCGAACCUCGACAAUCCCAAAACAAGGCAAUAAUUAUUAAAUCUCUUGCAGUUUCUCGUAAAGAAAUCCUUGAGGCUCUCGUGGAGGGCCGAGGACUCGAUGCUGAUACCCUCGAAAAAUUAACCAAGAUUUCCCCUACAGAAGAUGAAAUAACCAAAAUCCUCCAAUUCAAUGGGAACCCUGCAAAACUUGCUGAUGCAGAGUCUUUCCUAUACCAUGUAUUGAAAGUCAUUCCUUCAGCAUUUAUGCGUUUCAAUGCGAUGCUUUUUAGAUCGACAUACGAUCCAGAGAUACUUUAUCUCAAGAAAUCUCUGCAGACUCUUGAAUUGGGAUGUAAGGAACUAAGAACUCCCGGAAUUUUCUUUAAACUGCUUGAAGCCAUUCUCAAGGCUGGCAAUCGAAUGAAUGCCGGUACAGAACGAGGAAAUGCUCAAGGCUUCAACCUCAGUGCGCUGCUAAAACUGUCUGAUGUCAAAAGCACAAAUGGAAAGACUACUCUACUUCAAUUCGUAGUCGAGCAGGUAAUCUGUUCUGAGGGAAAACGUCGUUUAAUCAAUCAAACUGAUAAAAAUGGCGAUGCCGAACGAGAUUCAGAUAGCAAGAUUUCUGAAGGAGAAAGAGAUAAAGAGUACUUAAUGCUAGGAUUACCAGUGGUAUUAGGCUUAAGUACUGAAUUAUCCAAUGUGAAGAAAUCAGCCACCAUCGAUCAUGACAGUUUCAUCAACACGUGUUCAACUCUUACAGCCAAAAUUGACGACAUCAAAAGGCUCAUAACACGCUGCAAGGAUCACGAACAGGGUCAAUUCUCCAUCGAAAUGAAAGGCUUUCUAGAAGAUUGUGAAGAGGAACUACAUGUAGUGAGAGAUGAACAAUCAAGGGUAAUGGAACUUGUGAAGAAAACAACAGUAUAUUAUCAAGCAGGAGGAAAUUCUAAAGAUAAAGGCAGAAAUCCACUUAUAUUAUUUGCUAUUGUGAAGAAUUUCUUGGACAUGGUUGAUCAAGUUUGUGUCGAUAUAUCGAAGAAACUGCAGACGAAAAAACAGACUAGUACAGGAUCAUCACCGCCAUUAUCGCCAUUGUCAAGAUCCCCGGUGAGAUUUCCCAGUUUGCAGCCUUAUUUUAGGACACAAAAUUCGGGAACAUUUUCAAGUGAUUCAGAUGAUGAUUUUUGA